CAGGAAGGAAAAAUGGCGUUGCGGGAGGCGGCGGGGCGGCUGGUGCUGCUGCUCUCGGCGCUGGCGGCGUCCGCGGUGCGGGCAGGGCAGGUCCCCUUGCUGGCCUGGUCGAGCCAGAGCUCUUUAUGGUCCCCCUUGGCGGCUCCUCACGAGGGGCACGUGGUCACCGAAACACAGCUGGCGGCUUUGCUGGACUCGGCACUAAACAACGGGCCCCAUAAUGUGCUGCUGCUGCUUCAGGACAAACUCAGCGUUGAGGAUUUCACCGCCUAUGGAGGGGUUUUUGGCAACAAGCCGGACAGCGCCUUCCCCAAUCUGGAGAACGCCUUGGCCGCAGCUCCGUCUUCCCUGGUGCUUCCUUCCGUCGACUGGUUUGCAGCCAGUGCCGUCCCCGCUUUCUUGAAAGCCAAGCUGGGCAUCGCGCCUCUCCACGUGGAUCAGAACACCCUGCAGGAGCUGAAGCUCAACGCCAGCCUCCCCGCCCUGCUGUUGGUACGACUGCCAUACACCACCGGGUCCAGUCUGAUGGCGCCGAAAGAGGUUCUGACCAGCAAUGAUGAAAUUCUGGGGCAGGUUUUGAGUGCUCUCCAAUCGGAGGACAUCCCCUACACAGCCAUCCUUACAGCGCUGCGGCCUUCGCGGGUUGUCCGAGACGUCUCCGAUUUGGCCCCCGAGAAGGUGGGACGGCAGCUGCUCCAGAAGGAUGAGACGCUUUCACCGCUUCAGUACCCAAAAACUGGGACCCCCAAGAUCCUCUUCUGGGCCAGCAAUUUCUCCUUGAGCUUCAAUAAGACGUUGUACGACCUUACGAACCUCACGUUUGGGAAUAACACCCCUGUCAAUGUGGACGGUUCCAAGACAACUCAAGACUUUUCCUUGUUGGAGAUGAAGUAUGAAAAUGUGGGCGGGAAUCCCAUGACAGUCAGGUUCCACGUGAGAAACCGCCGCUACAACGUCUCUGCCCGGUUCUGGUUUAGCCUUUACUUAGUGGAGGUGAUCCACGGUGGAGGCCCCGUCGUGAACUUCACCGCCACCCAGAUCACAGCCCCCAGCAACUAUUCGUUCAGCUGCGUCCAGGUCAGCAGCUUUCCAGCUUCGGAGGCCCUCCUGAUACCUGGCAGCGAUCACGGCUGGAAGCUGACGAUGACAAAUUUUCAGUUCCAGAGCUACAACGUGACCGGCCUGCGGUUCUCCUACGCCAGCGACUGCGCUGGCUUCUUCUCUCCCGGGAUCUGGAUGGGGCUGCUGACCUCCCUCCUCCUCGUCGCCAUCUUCACCUACGGCCUUCACAUGGUCAUGAGCCUCAAGACCAUGGACCGUUUCGACGACCCCAAGGGGCCCACCAUCUCCGUGCCCCAGACGGAAUAAGGGGGGCAGCUUCGUUGGCAUUCUCCGCUCUGGGAUUCAGACGCUGGCUUUGUUCCGGUCAUUCCAGCCCUCACCGCAUCUCUCCCACCCGUAGCUCGAUGCAUUAAAUCUUUCUCUUCCUCUCCUUUCCUUGCCCCUUCUCCCCAGUAGCUGUUUCCUCAGUAACGUUCCCCUGAUCGUCUAUUCUCUGCCUUUUAAAUCUUCCCUUAGCUUUCCCAGCUCCCAAAAUUCACGGGUGACGUAGGCGCAAAGAAAGCAGGAGGGGAGGGGACGUCCUUCUGUGUGAUGGAGAGGCAGAUCCCCCAUGUAGCAUCAGGGUGUGGACAAAUCUAUUCCGGAACAUUCUGCCUCUGCCACAGCCCAUAGCUUCCCCCCCCUCUUUUUUUUUCUGGCGGAAGAGGUGUCGUUCUAUUUCCUAACGUGACGUGGUGUACAUAUCUUUCACUUUUUUCUUGUUGCGAUGGAAGAUUUCUUGUUUUGCCUCACCUGGUCAUCCUCGGUCUGCAGCCUCUUUUGUGCUGUAUUCUAAGUGGUCCUUCUCGCCACCCUCUUUCCCCUGCUUAUUUAUUGAUGUGACUUCUGUGAUUUGGUUUUGUUUACAGUGAUUCAGUACUUGGGACUCCCAUGUUCCCCCUCACACUGGGCCAGCAGAGUCCCUUCCUGUGACCCUUUGCUGUCCCUCCACUGUGGAAGGAUGUGAAUAAAAAGAGGAAAAAUUGGAA